AUUGAUGGAGUGGAUGUGUAUUACUGUCAGUGUGAACUGGGAUGGACUGGUGCCAGAUGUGAAAUGAACAUUGAUGAGUGUUCUUCCAGUCCGUGUCUGAAUGGUGGCUCCUGUGUGGACUUGAUUGAUAAAUAUGCGUGUUUCUGCCUGGAUGGAUACACUGGAAAGAACUGUGACAUUGACAUAGACGUCUGUCUCGAAACCCCCACCAAUGUCACCCUGUGUUUAAAUGGAGGGACUUGUCUCGAUGGUCAAGGCUCCAAUUUCACCUGCAGUUGUCCAGCUGGUUUCAUAGGGGACUUCUGUGAGAUGGACGUUAAUGAAUGCUGUUCAGAUCCAUGUCUCCACGGGGCUAUCUGCCGAGACCUGCUUAAUGGAUACGUCUGCCACUGCAGGGCAGGUGAGUACAUUAACUAA